CAAACUUCAUCGCGGCACUGACUGAACUCAGUGUGUGUCAGGUCUGUACAGUAGCGUAUGCGAAGCUAGGCUUGUGCGCGCCUGACGAGCAGACCAAGUCACUCGUGAGAAACACCUUUGAUGAUGUUCACGAGCUGAGAUGGAGUGGAGGUGGAGGCAGAGGAGCGAGAGACGGCUGCAAGAGAGGAGAUGCUCAGGAUGGAGGAGGACAGGAGGAGAGCGUAAGCGAGCAUGAGCGACUUCUGCCAUCCUUGUGAGAGCAGCUGCAGAUAUACAGGGGAUGACGGCUCCUACCGGCAAAGGGCAGGACAUGAAAGGGGAGAGGACAAGAGGCAUCGAGGUCCCAUCCUCGUCAACAGGGACAUGCAAGCUGAAGUUGGAAUGAGAGUCCGCAAGUCGAAGGAACGACUGGAGUUUGUUCAGCAGAACGGCUGGGAGGACCUCAGCGAAGGUCGAGCGGGGAGCAUCGUCUCGUUGCUGGUGAGCAACCGAACACGAGAUCGUGUCUCCUCAGUGUCUUCAAAGCUCACACGUGGUAUCAGGGAGAUGGGCGGCAGUGCCUGGUGAGAUGGGACAACGGCAACGAAAACGAGUAUGCCAUCGGCUACGGGGACUUGUACGAUCUCAUCCUUGACAGCGAGAAGUGAUUGGAGCUAUGAAUUAUUCAAACCACGAUAGAAAGAUUGUACCCCCUUGACCAUGGUCAUGACUUUCAUCCCUCCUGUAAUGCAUGUGCUGUCUUGCAACCCUUGGCCGCAGAACCAUUCCAACGGCCCCGUCUUGUAUCCUAUCUAUAUAAACCCAAGAAACCUCG